AUGGAGACCACUCGAAAGACGACGCCAAAGACAACAAAGCUCACCGGCGAUCGAGCUGCUCGGAAGCGCGAGCAAGACCGACAAGCCCAAAGGAGCGCCCGAGAAAAGACCAAGAAACUUAUCGCCCAUCUCGAAUCGCGGAUCGAAACGUUGACCAGAUUCCAUAACAGCGGUAAUGUCCAAGAGCUGAUAGAUGAGCUGGAGGUGCAGCGCAAAGCGAACGAGGCGUUGCGGACUACGCUGCGGUCGAUUGAAAAGGCAAUUAACGGUGGCCUUGCUGAAGCAAACACCGCGCUCAAAAAUUGUAACACGAAGACGGCUCUCGAAGAUGGAUCAACAUCCCCAAGUAGCGAGAAUAGCAAACAAAUAGGGACGAACGGAGGAAUCCAAGAUGUCGCACAACAGUCCAACCUCCUGGCGCCUGGCCAGGGUCAUAUUGCCCAGCAUUCCGCGAGUCCAGCCUUCGACGAGUCGAGCAUGAUCGACAAAUUCUCUCCCAAUGGCUCGUUUGUCAACAUGCACGACGGGCUGCCAUUGCCCGGGAAAACUUCAGACGAGAUUCACGUCCCUUUUAACAGUACUUUACACACAUUUCCGAUGGACAUGCCGAUGCCUAUCCACGCGGUUGUCCACUCAACAGAACCUCUAUGUGACUGCUGCAAACAGUUACUAUAUAUGAACGACAUGCUGGGCCGGUUUGCGCUUACUUGCACACGAAAUAUGGCCGAUCAACGAAUUCGCGAUGCUGAUAUUCCGAUUCGCGCUGUAGUCCACGGAUGGGAUGCUGUCACUCAUCUACACCCGCUCGACCCGAUCUGGACGAUGCUUCGGACGGCGGACGAGAGCGUCUGGCGUACGUGUGGGGCGGUUGAGCGAGUAGGGAUCUUGCGAGUGGUCAGCUUGAUGCUUCGCUACCUGUCCGAUCCGUCAGAACCCAGCCUGAGCCAGCUGCCAAAAUUCAUGCGGCAGCGGCCGUCACAACACCGGAUCAUACACAAGCCUCUCAUAGACUUCGUGGUCUGGCCUGCACUACGCGAGCGAUUGAUUCUAUUUCCCCACCAGCAUUGCUCUGAGAAGUUUUGGUCAAUGUUCUGGGUUUGUUUCCGGUUUAAUUGGCCAUACCGAUUGCAGGACUGCUUCUUCCAGCAGGGUCAAACUGGACUUUAUCGCUUCUCAGAUGCGUUUAGCAAGGCGUUUUACGAUUUACAAAACUGGGGCAUGACCCCCGAAUUCUUUCGCGAGUACCCUGACCUGGAGGCAGACGUGAACAUGAUUCCAACCGCUGCAGAGCCAACACCAGUCACCGUAGGCAGUGACACAUUAACGCUGGGUAAUGGGGGGAUGGGCCACGAGAAUGUAUCGCGGCUCGAUCCAGUCACGGCGAAUAUGUUCACAGCGUUCCCGGCGGACUGGUCAACGCGAAGUCAACUGUUUUGA